AUGCGCCUGCGCGAUCAAGGCGACGAGGAAGAUGAAGAAGACAACACAGUCCUCGACAACAUUGUGGAUCUCAAGCAAAUCAAUGCGAGGCUGCAAGAUUGGUUCCACAAAAUCAAGGUCAAACAAUCUUCCAGUGCCAAGAACUUUGAUCGCUUUGCAGCAGAGAUACACACUUCUGUCUUUACGCCUAAAAUUGAGCCGGUCCAGUCAAGUAGAGACCAGAGCGAUUCCAAGUCCAUGUCUGCUGCGGACUUUGAUGCCGUCAUUGACUCUGUACGGAGUGCCAUCUCGAGUGGCAUUCAGCCGCGUCUCGUGACAAAGGGCUCCAGUGGAUCAUACUUUGCGAUCAAUCGGCAACAGAAAGUGGUCGGGAUCUUCAAACCAAAGAACGAGGAGCCUUACGGCCAGCUCAAUCCUAAAUGGACAAAGUGGCUGCAUCGCAACCUCUUCCCGUGCUUUUUUGGUCGUUCAUGUCUCAUUCCCAACUUGUCGUACAUUUCAGAAGCAGCUGCUUGCCUGCUUGACAGACAACUCAAGUCCAAUAUUGUCCCGCCAACAGAUGUUGUCUGGCUCGCAUCAACCUCUUUCAAUUACGACUAUUUUGAUCGCCGUGCAUACGUCAACAAGGGCAAACCCCUACCAGCCAAGCAAGGCAGUUUUCAGGUCUUUCUUGAGGGAUUCCAAGAUGCGACCGAGUUCCUUAAAGAACAUCCUUGGCCAGAUGCAGCACCACAAACAGCAUCUGUGGGUCCUAGACGUAGUUGGACAAGCUGUGUGGGAAGCAAAACGGAUGAGGACGAUCUCAUGGUUGAAGAAUUGCAAAAUGCCAUCACUACCGCCAAUCCGCGUAGUCGGCAAUUCUGGACACCAGAGCUGAUGCAGUCGAUGCGCGAAGAACUGGAGAAGCUUGUUAUUUUGGACUACAUCAUGCGCAACACGGAUCGUGGUCUCGAUAAUUGGAUGCUCAAAAUGACGCCUGCCACCGCCACUAGCAAGGCUAAAGUCGAGAUGGUAGCCUCGACACAGACACUCCAGACUGAUAUAAUAGACAGACCGCCAAGCCGGACAUCGAUGCCGUCGCCAGAUCAUACACAAGCAAGCACAGGUGGGGAAUACAUGUCACUUGGCGCCAUCGACAAUUCGCUCGCAUUCCCCUGGAAACACCCAGAUGAGUGGCGUAGCUUCCCCUUUGGUUGGCUCUUUCUGCCGGCCUCUCUCAUCGGCCAACCCUUUUCUGCCAAAACUCGACAGCACUUUCUUCCAUUGCUUUCUGAUCCUGCUUGGUGGAGUGAUACCACGAGUAAACUUAAGGGCUUGUUCUCACAAGACGCAGACUACCAGGAGAAAAUGUUCGCAAAGCAAAUGGCAGUAUUGAAGGGGCAAGCUUGGAAUGUCCUCGAGACGCUCAAAUCGGGCGACCAGGGACCACUCGAGCUUGCUCGCAGACCAAGACUCCAUGUCUGGACAGAUAUCAUGGAAGUACCCGUCACUGUGGCUUCUAAAAAGGCGAGCAAAGCUUCAGCGCCACCGCAAGAGGGCAUUAAAAAGCAAGCCAUCUUUCACGAAUUUGCAGAUGAGAUUGAUCUUGGCAUGGUGGGUGAUCUGCCUGACUUUAAUGGACAAAGCAGCAAGCCGGCUCCUCUAGCAAGCAGUCUCCCCAACAAGAAACCCUCCAUGGAAUUGGCCCGUUCAUCCUCAGAUUAUACCGGCAGAUCGAGCUUUGAACAAGGUCAGCGCCCACAGCAGAUGGGACGUGGCGCUAGUCGUGCUUCAAUAGAUGGGAGUAAGCCUGGACAGCGUACUCGUGCUCGUGGUCUAUCGCUUGGCAUGAAGUCCGGUGCGAAUCGCUUUGGAGGUGAUGAAGAGAGUGAUCUCGGUGAUCUUGGCUAUGCCCUGAUGCACGAGGAGGAAGCAAGCACGAGACAGGUUGUUGUUGAGCGUCUUGAGACUGUGCAUGGUGCCGAGGCUGUCUUUUCUUGGUGCUGA